AUUUGUGACGUGACUAUCAUGACCCAAUAAUGAAUAUUCAAAAUUAAAACUAUCCCUUCCCCCUUAGCCUCCAAACCUGCAGUGACAUUGUUACCCGUACAUUUCUUCUAUUGUCGCUUUCCCUAUUCGCUUACCUUAAGUCUCAACCGUUUCCAUAUGCUUCACAAAUAUAGCUCACUCAGGGGUUGAGUUGGCACCACCUAGGCAUUUUUAAAUUGGCUCAAGUCGUGGUGAGUCCGUUUCAGACCGCUUUAGGAAUUGUGAAGAGCUUGCAAAUCUGCGUGCAGAUGUGAACAUUUUGUUAUAUAUUUUUUAUUCGGAUUGUUUUAUUUUUGUAUUCAGAUUGGACCAAAACAACGGAUAUUUUGAUGAUGACCUUCAUCUGACUUCACAGGCUGAUUUAUUUUCGAAAUAUUUGGAACCACCAGCUGAAACCCCCAACCCCCAGUAUAGCCUUCGCUAUGGAUUUAUUUGCUCCAUAUGGCCUGUGUGACUUGGUACCCAGAAAGUGUGGGCGGGGGCUAAAGCGUAGUAUUUUGUCCGUCUUGAAAUUUGAUUCAGAAGUUCAGUAUAGUCUACUAGAAGAAAAGUUGGGGGUAGGAAGCUACAAAAAACGAACGGACGAAAGACUUUUCCUAAACAUCAACUGUAAUUCUGCAUCCAUUUGAAAAGCUGUGUGACUAUGACGGGGCGUCAAGCCACCAACCCAGAAGAUGGGAAGGAGAUUGACAGUGUUAAAGAGUCCAUCAGUGACAUCAUCAAUCAACUACAGGAUAUUGACCCUGCCAGGCUGUCAUUUUCUCCAUUCCUCGACCUAGACACUCAGAUCUCCUUGGCACCAGUCUCAGACAGUCCUGAAUCUUCAGUGGAAGAGCUCAACUCCUCUUCUCACUCAGUCACUGCCUCUCACCACUCUCUGGAAGUCCUGCCAACCGAUGAACUCGUUCCGCUUGAUUCCUGCCACCAGCAACCCGACGAGGGCUUCACAGAAGGAAAAAGACCGCACAAGGGGGAAGAGGGAGUUCAGGAUGGAACUAUUUCCAGUCCGAUUGCUACAGUGCUCAGUCUGGAAGACCCAAUGGAAAACCUCAUCAGCACUCCAAAUCCAGACUCCCUGAGAGACAUUCCCAAUGGCAAAGGCACAGAGAGACAGAGUCCAGAAUACAACAACCUGGAGUCCACCAGUGAAGAAGGCCAACCGUUGCUUGGCCUGCCGCCAGAGAGCAUAGAGUUGACUAUGUGGAGUUCACAAGAUCAAGAGACUUGUGGGGGUGUCCCUGGGGGGGCAGACGGGGAACGACCCUGCUGCUACAAGUGUUGCCAAAGUGGCCGUGUUCCUGCCAUGUGCUCAGUCCUGGCCUCCCUGGUGUUCUCCACCGGGAUCCUCUAUGCCCUCUAUUGGUAUGCUCCCAUAGAUGCCCCAAACUGUCCUGACACGGGCUGCCGACUCACGUUCACACUUUGCUGCUGUGCCAUAGCUGCUGUCCCUGUUUUACUGGCUAUGCUGAUUGCUGCUAUGUGCCAGUUCUGCUCUGGCUCUUUGAAUCCAGCUGAGGCACUUCCCAGAAGACCAGUCUUACAGCAGCUGUUUGUCUCUGCGUCUGCCGAGCAGUUGUCUCUCUAUGUUCUCAAUCUGUUGGUUCUGGCUACACUCCUGCCUCAAGACCAGCUGAGGGUGGUGCCCAUUUUGACAGGCAUUUUCGUUGGAGGGAGGCUCAUCUACUGGUUCUGCCUCCACAUGUGUAGCCCCUGGAGAGGCUUUGGAUCGGGGCUUACUGUUUUCCCACUUCUUGUCAUGGUGGCUUUCAAUCUGUACUGCCUGUAUGACUUGAGCCUCAGACAACUGCUUUUUGGCUCCGACGACGCACUCUAUAACCUGACAACCCCUUCGUCAUUGAGUUCCAGUGUCACAUCUGAUAGUGUCAUGCCCACAUACGUCCUGGAAAAUCAGUGAGGAGGACAGCACUGUCCUUUUUAACUUCAAGACAAAAAGCUUAUUCCAGAAAUAUCUCAUUCCUGUGGUUGAGCUGAGUUACACAGAAUGCCACGAACAUCUGAGUCUCUAAAGGCAUAAGUUGUAUUUUGCUACUCUUAUACAGGACCUUUUUAUGUGGAUUCAUGCUUAUUAUCUGAAAUGCAAGAGCCGUUCUUCCGCCUAGCUGUGGAGGAAAUCUUUGAACAGUGUUCAACUUUUAAAUGUGUGUCCUUUUAAGCUAUUCCAGUGCCUAUAUUUAAUGUUCUGUAAAGUACUUUGACUUACAAGUUAUAUUCGCAAAUGGAUGGAUAUUCUCAUAAAAACCACUAAAUACAACUUGGGUCCAAAAAAGAAA